AUGUUUACUUCUUGCCUGAAAUAGUCUUGGGAUUUUUGUUUUAUUUUGUCUGUAGCAAUGGCUUCAGGAACAGCGCUGAUUUAUGAUGAGGAGAUGACCACUCAUAAACUGCUUUGGAGCGAUCCUCUUUGUGGUAUUGAAGUGCCAGAAAGACUGUCGUCCUCCUAUGAGCAGCUUAAAUCUUACCAUCUUGUGGAAAGAUGUGUCCAUGUGCCUGCCAGGGAAGCAAGUGAGGAGGAGAUCCUGUUGGUUCACAGUUCAGAACACUUGGAAGUAGCGAAAAGCACCCAGACAAUGAAUGAGGAGGAACUGAAAAGAGUCUCUGGAAAUUAUGAUGCUUUUUUCUUUCAUCCGAACACUUACCGCUGUGCCAGACUAGCAGUAGGAGCGACUUUGCAGCUGGUGGACGCUGUGAUGUCAGGAAAAGUGUGUAAUGGAAUGGCAUUAGUAAGACCUCCAGGUCACCACAGCCAGAGAAAUGCAGCUAAUGGGUUCUGUUUGUUCAACAAUGUUGCUAUUGCAGCAGAAUAUGCAAAACUGAAAUACGGUCUACAGAGAAUCCUAAUUGUUGACUGGGAUGUGCACCACGGGCAAGGAACUCAAUAUAUAUUUGAAGAGGAUCCAAGUGUUUUGUAUUUUUCCUGGCAUCGCUAUGAACAUCAGGAAUUCUGGCCAUCACUCAAAGAAUCUGAUUACGAUGCUGUGGGUCUGGGAAAAGGAAAAGGUUUUAACAUAAAUUUGCCUUGGAAUAAGGUUGGGAUGGGAAAUUCAGAUUAUCUUGCUGCGUUUUUCCAUGUGUUGCUUCCAAUGGCUUUUGAGUUUGAUCCUGAACUGGUUAUUGUCUCGUCUGGAUAUGAUUCUGGAAUUGGAGACCCUGAGGGUCAGAUGAAUGCCACUCCUGAGGUUUUUGCCCACCUUACCCAUUUCCUGAUGCAGUUAGCUAAUGGAAAGCUGUGUGUCAUCCUAGAGGGUGGAUACCACUUAAAGUCAUUGUCUGAAUCAGUCUGCAUGACUGUAAAAACUCUGCUUGGAGAUCCUGUACCUCAAAUAACUGGAGAAAUGGCACCUUGCCUAAGUGCUGUUGAAUCUAUUCAAAAUGUGAGAGCAGCACAUAAACCCUACUGGAAAUGGUUGAUGUAUGAAGACACAUCAUUUUUGCAGAAUUUGAGCACCAAAUCGCACUUACUAAAGAAGGCUAAUGCAAAUCCCUCCACAGAACAUGAAUCUAAGAUAACUAACAACGAUGAAACUGUCAAAGUAGAAAGGUUUUUGGAACUGCACAUGAAAAAUGUUCUAUUUCCAGUGCCUCCCAUCAAAACAGCAACAACAACUGACUCUAAAGGUUCAGCACAUUUGCUCCCUGUACCCGUUCAUUUGGUGAAGGAAAUGGACAAAACUGAAAUAAAAGCUCUUGUCAGUGACUUUUAUGCAGACCUUGUGAAAGAGGACAAAACUUUGCUCUCUCUUGGCAGUAUGUUGCCCAUCCUAGAUAAAAUACUUAAGAAGGAGGUACGCAAUGGAAUUGUAGAAUCACCCACAUCUGUUUCUGUUGCUGUUGCACUACAACAUUCUGUUCGUUUUGGAUUUCAAAGAGUGCUUUGUAUAUUUGUUGGAGACAUGCAAAUCACGCCGAAUACAGAAGAUGGAAAAAUACUCAUAAUACAUAUUUGUGAGAAAGAACAGUCUGGAAAGACCAGCUCCAAACACUAUAUUUCUCUAAACUGGAAAGAGGAUGCUGAAGGAAAUGACUUCUUUUCUGCUGUACUUGGAUUCAUUCUUCCUGUAGCAUACAGUUAUCAACCUAAUUUGACAGUAAUAGCUGUUGGACCACACAGGAGCCUUGGAAUAAGUGGGAUUUCUCUGCUUUUUGCUUUACUGCAAGGAUUAGCUGAGUCUCGAAUUUUUGCAGUGAUCGAGGACACAGAGAUAAAUGUAAUGCAAAGUGUAGCCAAAGCAUUAGUGGGUGCUUCUAUACCUCACUUUGGAGUUUAUGUACCUCCUACCCAAGAAAAAGUAAAUAAAAUAAAAAUAUUAAGAGACCAGUUUCAGCAGGAAUGGAAAAUGCUUCAGUGUUCAGUGAAGGAUGGGAUUUCAAGAAAUUGACUUCACUUUCAGAGUCGUUUUACACAGCAGAAGAAAAUGUGUUGCUUUUCACAUUGACCAUCUCUUUUCCUGAUGAUUUAAAAGGCAAUCUCUAAACAGAAAAAGAGCCAUUCACAAUUGUCUCCUUUUUUAAAAAUACUUAAAAUCCGUAUUUUCAGCUAGAGAAUUGUGCUUGCAAAUUCUAUAUUGGAUUAAAGACUGACACUUGAGAACUCCUGUACUUCAUUACUGCAAAUUGGGGCCUAUGUCAUUUGUGACAUUGUGAAGUUAGGCUUGCACAUGCAGUAGCUUGACUGCGUCAAUGUUAAAGAAGUUAGAAGACAGGCAUCUGAAAUGAGCAAUCAUAAUAGGCAAAACAUUUUAAUAUUAUUCAACAUAAUACCAGUGUGCUUGCACUACCACCACCAUUUCAUUGGGAGUUUAAACUUAACAACAGGUCCUUCCGAUUAAUGACAUUUCAUUUCAUAAUCUGAUUUAAAGGAUUCACCUAACAGGGUCUAUUCUUUUAAUUUUUCUAAUGAGUAAUUGUCAAUUGCAAGAAGAAAGAAAAGCAGCUGAACAGCUAUAGUGUAUGCAUUUCCUACAUCACACCUGUGAUCAUUAAGUUUAAUUUCCUGAACUAUUUUGCAUAUAUAAAAUUACAGAUACAUAAUUGAAUAAAGCAAUAUUCACUCUGCCCUCUUUUCAAACGUAAAUUGUCUAUAUAACAAAUAAAAACCCAAAAGCCCCUGAGAUUUGGUAGUGGCCUAAGGCUGACAUCAUGUGAAUUCUCAAAAUUAAAUAAACAUCUUGAGGCAAUAACCAUAGUAUGCCUUGUUUUGUAGCAUUCCAGAUAUGAUUUAGGGCUCAUUUUCAAGAGCACUUUUCUGUGAUUGUGACUUCAAUAAUGUGAUUUCAAGUUUUGAUUUCAAACACUUCAAAUUAUGUUUAUACUGGUGUUGCUACUAGGAUUGACUUUACGUAAUUUGAAUACCUUAAUCUAUCUUCGCAGUUCUCUUUUUAUAACUGUUCCCGGUGAUUCCCUUCUCGUCCAUACCUGUUUUCAGUUAUUGCUGGAUAGGAACAUCCUUGAACAUUUUGAAAUGAAAAGCUAUUUCAAAAGAAACUAAAAGCCACGUCAAACAUUUUCACAAACAAAAGUUGAAGAACACGAGAUGUUGUGUUUCAGUUCAGAAUUUCUUUAAACUGAACUUCAAACUCCAAAAAGUAUUUACUUUAGAUUGGAAGCUGGGUAAUGGCCAAACUUUAGCUUCUAAACUUUUCAGAACAGGAGAUUUGUUGGUUUGUUCUCUUUCCCCUGAAAAAAAAUACUUUUUUUUGACAAUUCAGCAUUUUCAAGGAAAAAGCAUUUUCUCAGAAGUAUCUCUGCUUAUUCCCUCUUACCUGCCUUCGUUUAAGUGAAUUUCUCCAGCCAGUGUUUGAAUGAUACCGAUGUUGUAUUUUGAUAUGUAUUUUUCUAAGAUCUUGAUCAAAUUUAUUAAAACAUGAAUUAAGAGAAAAAAAUGUGUACUCUUGGUAGAAUUAG